AUGAUUGUUAUCUGUUUGAGACAGUAAAGAACUGGUUGUGGACGACUUUGUACAUGGCUUUGCUAGGCCGUCUGCUAUUUUUGAGCGUGGCUUUAUUCCCUGAUUCUCGGGGUUUAAAUGUCAAUAUCUACAUCGACACCAACGUUGUCCUCAACAGAGUUCAGGACAACUUUGUUGGCGUCACCCUCGACUCCGGCAUUAUUCAAACUGGUUUGGGAAAGAGUGGUCUCAACUUGUCAUCACCCAAAUUGCUUAAUCUGGCUGGGGGCUUCCAACCGAACAUCCUUAGAAUCGGCGGGACUGCCGAAGAUGGCAUUUCCUUUGACCCGAAUAGCGUAACAGAAAACAACCAGGGGGAUCUUUCAACUUCUGUUUGGGAUGAAAUCAACGCUUUCACAUCCCUUGUUGGAUGGGAUCUGAUAUUUGGCCUGAAUGUCCUUGAAAGACGAGAUGGGCAGUGGGACCCUACCAACGCUGAGCUAUUCCUAAAUUACACAUCCAAGAAAGGAUAUCAAUUAUAUGGCCUAGAACUUGGCAACGAGCCUCGGAUGUUCCCCAAAAAGUUUAACCAGUCAGUGUCGGCCCAGCAACUUGGAAAGGAUUUUGGAACACUAGAGAAGGUGCUCAGAGAUCGGCCACACUUCAACAACACUCGAAUUCUAGGGCCAGAUGUUGCGGACAUUUUAUCAAACGAUACCAUCUCAUAUGUGGAAGAGUUUUUAGCUGCAGGCAGAGCCAGUGCGCUGGAGGGGGUAACGUUCCACCAGUAUUUUGGAAAUGGGGACAAUGCAACCAAAGAGAUGUUUACAGACCCAACCUUCAUGGAUACACUGAAUGCUUCAUUUGCGUCUGCACACAAGGCUACAGGAGCGUUGGCGUCCAACAAACCUCUUCUCCUGGGCGAAACAGGUUCCUUUUACAAUGGCGGAGUGCUGAACAUGACGGACACCUUUCUGGGGGGAUUUUUAUGGAUGGACAAGCUCGGCAUGGCCGCCCAAUCAGGCAUUCAGAAUGUGUUCAGGCAGGACUUGUAUGGACUUGGAUCAGCCAAUCGCCUGUUGGAGUCAUUCACAUACGACCCCCUACCGGACUACUGGUUAACCUUCCUCUUCAAGAAGCUUGUGGGCAACGCCGUGUUCAAGCCUCGAGUCGUUGGCCCUCCCACCGUAAGAGCGUACUGCCACUGCAUGAGGUCCAUAAAUCCAUAUUACUAUCCACGUGGGAGUCUGACUGUGUUUGCCAUGAACCUGGACACUGUUGCAGUGAACUUGACUUUCCCAGAAUACAAAGGCGGAUACAUGGACUACUUCCUGUUGUCACCGGAAGGAGAUGAUGUUCAGUCGAGAACUGUGAUCCUCAACGGCCACCAGCCUAUCCAUCUGGUUGAAAACGAGAUACCCUUUCUGGUUCCUGGUGGUGUCAGCGCAAACACCAUCACCCUCCCCUCGCUCACAUACGGAUUCUUUGUACUUUACGCUGACGCCCGUGUUUGUAAACCUGGCAACUAGACAAUCAAUGUGAAGGGUUGCUUAACGUCACAAUACAUUGUCCUGAUUCCA